GCCGCUCUCUCAACAAUAUCUGGAUUUUAAAGAGAAAACAAUGACUUCGUCGCUUGAAGAGGCUCGUUGCUGUCUCGACUAACUAUCAAAAUGUUGUAGGAUGGAUCCAGACAGUGGGACAGAAACACAAAAAGCCGUCAGUUUGCAGUGGAAAAGCUACAAACUUGUCCAGGACCCAGCCAUUAGGAGAGUUACGCAGAAAAUUUACAGAUACGAUGGAGUGCAUUUCAGUGUGCCAGACUCUGGAUUUCCUCCUGUUGGAGAACUCAGAGAUCCUAGACCCCGAAGACUAUGGUCCAGGUAUGCUGACCUGUCCCUACCAGUGCCAAAAUUUAAGCUUGAUGAAUUCUAUGUGGGUCCCAUACCCCUCAAAGAGGUAACCUUCGCUAGACUCAAUGACAACAUCAAGGAGCCCUUCUUGGCAGAAAUGUGUGCCAAGUUUGGUGAAGUGGAGGAAAUGGAAAUCUUGUUUCAUCCCAAAACCAGAAAGCACUUGGGUCUGGCCAGGGUGUUAUUCACCAGCACCAGAGGAGCAAAGGACACAGUCAAGCAGCUGCACAAUACCUCUGUCAUGGGUAACAUCAUUCACGCCCAGCUGGACAUAAAAGGUCAACAAAGGCAGAAGUACUACGACCUGAUAGUCAAUGGGUCCUACACUCCUCAGACGGUGCCUCUGGGAGGGAAGGCUUUGGCAGACAGGGUUCAGCCUCAGACUCCAACACAGCCCCAGCCUGACACACAGUCGGAAAUCAGGCGGAGGCUUUCCAGUGAGCUUGCAGUUUURGCAGCAGGAGUCCAGGCCCUUACGUCGGGGAGCAUCACCCCAUGUUCUGUUGACACCAGCUUUAGUGAUCAGCGUAUGGACACCCCUCCCUCCUCCAUAGCUGGCCCAUUCACCCCAAGCUCCUCCGUUUCAUCACAAGGUGGAGGAACACCUUACAGCUCCAGAUCUGGGACUCCUUUCUCACAAGACUCAGGAUACACCAGCAACAGGCACACUGGCUUCAACACAGGCUCUUUGGACAGUGGCUAUCCUCCCCAAGACAUGUUACCAUCCUCCUCUUCAUCUUCUGCAGUCUCCUCCUCUGUUGGAGGAUACAAAGUAUCCCGUUACCCCGAGGAGCCGGACCCAUCAGUGUACCAUCGAUGCCGCCCGGGAUACCCCGCUUCAUACCGUCCCAAUGAGCCGCCUUGUUAUCCCCCCUACCCUAACCUUGGAGGGCCCGGGCCACAUAUAGCACAUCACUCUGCCAUGCCUCCCCCACAUAUUUCCAACCAGUUUGAUCAUCCGCUAAUGUCCGACAGGGAAAGAGACCGUGAAAGAGACUCGGGGGGCAGGUAUGGGCCAGGGGCGGUUGGUUCCAGGAGGUCUUCUUAUCAUCACCAGCAGGACACAAACUCUUCUUCAAAGUACCAUUCCCAUCACUCCCACCACCAUUCAGACCACAGGGAUGACCGAGGCUACCGGCGAGACAGUCUGGGUUCCCGGUCCAGCGAACACGGCCACCAGAGGCACCGGAACCACCACCAGUCUCACAAUCACCACGGCGGCAGCAGUCGCAGAAGAAGCAGCCACGACCGAGACAGAGACCGAGACAGUGAUUACUCCAACAGUUCUGAUCCCAGAUACAACUCCAACUCUUACCGCUCCUCCUCCAACAGCAUGUCUCCUCCCCCAUCGUCUUACUCCUCCUACUCCUCCAAAGAACCCGCCCCGACCCCUCCUCAGGGAUUGGACAUUGCCACGCGUUCGGGGGGCACAAGCCUUGCAGAGAGGGGCUCUGUGCCCCCAUCGAGUUCUGACAAAGACUACCAUGCCGAUCAUCACAGCGCUCUGCCCCCACCUCCCCCUCCACCGCCGCCACCACUCCCACCAGCCUCUGUCAUCGCAGCGGCUGUAGCCGAGACCCUGGGAACACUGGACUUCAACCAGGACAGUCCUGCCCAGGACGACCAGUGGACUAAGCCCAAACGCCAUCCCAGCACUCCGCCUGCCCCGCCCAAGACGCCCCCGCCUUCUUCUCCCAUUCACCCCACCAUCACUUCCUCCUCUAACUCUCCUUCCUCAGCCUCGCUUCCUCACCACCUUUCUUCCUCCUCCAACUCCCCACCGCCCCCUCACCGGGACUCCUCCCCGGAGCCCGAUUCUACGAACGAGAGUUUACCGUUCGUCUACCACAGCAGCAGCCUGGACUCUCGCAUCGAGAUGCUCCUAAAGGAGCAAAAAGCUAAAUUUUCUUUUCUGGCUUCUGAUGAGGAAGACGAGGAAGACAGGAAGGAGGACAAGCAGAGAGGGAGAGGUGGGGAUGAAGCAGACCGAAGAGGAGGGUCAGGUGAUGCAACAGAAGAGCAGGAGCCCACGAGAGACGACGGGCCGAAGGACCACAGGAAGAAAGAGGAGAGAGAGCGAGACGACCGUAGAGGAAGGAAACGAGGGAAAGGAGGAGAGGGUAGAAAGAGUCCGACUGUGCUUGCAGCAGCCGUACAGCCCUCCUCCACCUUUUCUCCUCUCAUCCUACCUCCAGAAGAGCCUCAGCCCCAGGUUAGCCUUGAUGAGACGGGAACGUCACAGCAGGAGUCUUCUCAGACUGCUUCUGCUGAUGCAGAGAGCAGGACAGGAGCCCACACACCGCCCUUUAAUGGACAGAGUCAGGCCUCCCCUCGUUCUUCUGGGGAAGACAUGGAGAUCUCAGAGGAGGAGGAGGAGGAGGCCACGGCUAUAACAACAGUGACGUCUCAUCAGCCGUCGGCCACCUCGGGGUCCUCGCCAUCCUCCUCUCAAGCUGCAUUAUCACAGACAGCAGACCCCUCAUCCUCUCCACCACCCAUUUCUGACUCUUCACAGCACUUUGGCACCUCCAUGCACCCCCAAAUCCCCUCCUACCCCCCUCAUUUACCGCCUCCCCCUCCCCCCGGUUACUCCCUUCAGCCUCCACCUCCUCCAGGGAUUCCUCCUCUUCCUCACAUGGAGCUGCACCCCGAGUAUCCCCCUCCGAUGCCCCAUCACAUGUACGACUACGCCACUUCCAUGGAGCUGAUGAACCAGUACAGUGGCGGAGCCCCCAUGUCUUUUCAAAUGCAGACUCACAUGCUGAGCCGCUUGCAGCAGCUGCGCAUGUCUUCAGCCAACGGCACGCCAGGCCCGGGUGAGGCUGCGACCGCCGAUUACGCAUCUUAUCAUCUUCACUCGAUGCCUCCACCUCAUCACCCUUACAUGGACCAAGAAGGCAGUGGUGCUGGUGCCCAGUAUGACCAAGACCACAGGUACAUGUCCUCCCAUAUGUCCUAUCCCUACCACGAUCCCCACAGCAGCCAAAUACCACCCCCUCCACACCCCGGCAUACCUCCCCCCCACACGGGCUGGCCACCACACGUCUUGCCUCCACACUACCCGUCUUACAUGCCCCCGCCCGGCUACGGCACCAUGCUGACGGGCGAUGGGAACGAGUACACGGCUCCCGGGGAGCAGAUGCCCAUGUUGGCUGAGAAUCCACACGAGGCAACGGUGCAGAUGGUCCUGGCUGCUCUGAUCCAGGAAAUGAAGAACAUCAUGCAGAGAGACCUGAACCGGAAAAUGGUGGAAAAUGUAGCCUUUGCCACUUUUGAUGAGUGGUGGGAAAGGAAAGAAACCAAGGCCAAGCCUUUCCAGACAAUGGUAAGAGGAGUGUCCGCGCUGCGGGAUGAUGAGAAAAAAGAGGAGAAGGUUAACCGUCCUCGGGAGCCUCUCAUGUCUCUGGUGGACUGGGCCAAGAGUGGUGGCGUGGAGGGCUUCUCUCUCCGUGGAGCACUUCGAUUACCAUCCUUCAAGGUGAAAAGGAAAGAACCUCAGGAGUUGGAGCAGGUAGACAUGAAGAGGCCUCGACCAUCAACUCCACCAGAUGAAGAUGAUGAAGCUGCAGAUGGUAGGAUAGCAGAAGCAGACCGGCGUGCAGCUGAACGCAACAAGAGGAGGAAAAAGAAACCGAGGAGUCGGAAACCUUGGGAGCUUGACAGCGGGGGAGAGGAAACCUCCGACGGUUCCUCCACUGAAAAGGAGGACGAGCAAGAAGAGAGUGAGAAGGAGUCUGAUGAUGAAGGCCUCAGUAGUGACAGUGACGAUGAGAGCCUUUCUUCAUCCUCCGAAGGCUCUUCUUCUUCAGCAUCAUCGUCAUCCUCUUCUGAGGAGGAGGAGGAGGGAGAGCUGGCUGAAAGUGCAGGGCCGGACUCCAUGGAUGAGUCAACCAUGGAUAGCACAACUGAGAAAGAUGACAGGGGAAGUGCUGCCGUUUCGAAGGUGGACAUCAGAAAAGGUGUCACGAAGGACAUUAAGACGGAAACGCCAGCAGCACCACCCAAGCACCUUCCAUCUCCACCGUGCCCACGCCCCUCAUCCCCUAACGUCUUUGUGCCCCCCCUCAAGAAACGCAGGAAGACCGUUUCGUUCUCCACAGACGAGAACGAAGGCAAACCUCAGCUGCCAGCGGCUCCACUGUCGCCUCCUUCAUYACAAGCUGUGAGCGAGCCCCCCCUCCCCUCCGCCAAGCCCCCAGACUCAGCCGCCGCAGCACCACCACCCUCCAAUCGUCCCAGUCAAGGAAUUCAGCUUCUCCCCUUCGCCUCAAAGCCGGGAGAGGGCAACGCCCUCAUCGUCCCCCCACCUGGAAGACUUCCCGUUUUCGAGGAGGUUAAAAAGGGACCUCCUGUUUACUCGCAGACCACUCCCGUUAAAUCCCCUGGAAAACGGGGAGCGGGUAAGGAGUCUCCUAAAUCCCCCGUCCCGCCCAUCAGGGUUUGCCGCACUGUGCAGAACCUGCCCCUGGACCACGCUUCGAUGUGCAGGAUGGCCUUUGAGGAGGUCCCCCCACCAGCGCCGGUCAACAAACGGUCCAGAGGCAGACCUCGGACGUCGAGCCUUUCUGCCUCCUCGUGCCACUCCCUCAGGGAGGACGACGAGGACGAGACAGAGAGCGAGCAGAGGCUGAGACUCAGAGAGCAGCUGGGAGCCUCCAGCCUCCUGCAGCUGGCCUCUGCGUCAGCUGACCUGUCYGUGCUGGCUGACAUAGCCUUGAACAUGGACCCUGAUGCUGCCGACUCGGAGGAGACAGAAACCUCCGACGAGGCGGAGGAGCAGAAGAUGGAAGGAGAUCUCUUCUCCCGAGAAUCACUGGCUUUGGUAAUGAGUCCAGGAGGUGUUAUUGUCCUGUUGGAGCACAACUACUGCAAACCUCCUGUGCUCGUGGUCCCAUCCGGUACCAAAAAGACUUCCUCCAGACAAGAUUCUUCCAUCUUGCUCUCAACAGACCUCAACUCUAUUUCUGGGGUGCUGGAGGCUCCAGAGGAGGUCAUCGGAGAAGCAGUAGCGUCCAGGUUAGAUGCUGGAGAGUACCUGCCGGCGGUGGGAGAGCUGUGUGAUUCUGACGAGCUGAGCCAGGUGGCAGCCGUAGCGCCAUCAUUAAAGAAGCAGCAUCACGCUGGAAAAGCUUUCGAACUCGAGCACAACAAGGGCGAAAAGAGGAAAAGAAAAGACAAAGAAAACCUCGAGCCUCAUCAUACAAAAAAGCAGAAAGAACAACGAGGCAAGAAGCAGAGGAAGCAGAAACUGGAGGAUUCAGACUUGGAGGAGGACGUGGACGUGGAGGAGCUGGAGUCAGGAGAGCUCUCCAGCUCGGACACUGAGAACGACGUGGUGGAAGAGGUGAGGAAGAGCGAGCGGCUCUUCCUGCAGGAGGCAGGGGUGACGUUGUCCCAGCGUGGGCUGAAGCCGAUCCCAGCACCUGAGCCGCUACCUGUGAAGUUCGACAACCGCAGCGAGUUCGAGCAGAUGACCAUCCUGUACGACAUCUGGAACGCUGGUCUGGACGGCGAAGAUUUGACGUACCUGAGGAAGACGUACGAGAAGCUGUUACAGGACGACCACAGCUCUGACUGGCUCAACGACACUCACUGGGUCAAUCAUACGGUAACUAAUUUGCCGAACCCUCGUCAUAAAAAGAAGAACGCAGGCGGGCAGCUUCGGGAGCACCUGACGGGAUGYGCCAGGAGCGAGGGCUACUACGCCAUCAGCCGCAAGGAGAAGGAUGUCUACCUAGACCUGGAUCUACCUGAGCAGGUCAUUCGAGAAGUCGAGAACGUGGACACCUCCGGAGCGAACCGCCUGCUAUCAGAGCGGCGUUCAGAGCAGCGCCGGCUCCUCACGGUCAUCGGAACCACCGCCGUCAUGGACUCUGACCUUCUGAAACUCAACCAGCUUAAGUUCCGAAAGAAGAAGCUCCGUUUUGGACGCAGCAGAAUUCACGAGUGGGGUCUGUUCGCCAUGGAGCCCAUCGCUGCUGACGAGAUGGUCAUCGAGUACGUCGGUCAAAACAUUCGACAGAUGGUGGCUGACAAUCGAGAGAAGCGGUACGCCCAGCAGGGCAUCGGGAGCAGCUACUUGUUCAGAGUGGACCACGACACGAUUAUAGACGCCACCAAGUGUGGCAACCUGGCCCGGUUCAUCAACCACUGCUGCACUCCAAACUGCUACGCCAAGGUUAUAACCAUCGAGUCCCAGAAAAAGAUCGUGAUCUACUCAAAGCAGCCCAUCGCAGCCAACGAAGAGAUUACCUAUGACUACAAAUUCCCUCUGGAGGACAAUAAGAUCCCCUGCCUGUGUGGAACGGAGAACUGCCGUGGGACGCUCAACUAGUGAAAGCACUUCUUUUUCUCACUUGCCAACGGCCAGCCGGACCCUGUAAUCCCAGCUGUUUGACCCUCCUCAGAGUUCAGCUCCAAACAAAGCCGCCCCGACCCCCCUGGGUUCCCUUCUAAUGGCCUCAGUAGUUUUCACAAGAAGUAGGAAACAGUGUCGCACACACUUGCACUUUUCACGCACACUCUUCAUGGACUAGGCUUUUCUGAACGCCGCAGUGUGAUGGGGGGUUGUGUUUUCUAAUAUGUGAACAUUAGAGGAAGUCCUGAACGUUGGACUUUUUGUGGCAGUAUUGGACUACAACAGGCAUGGGCAGUCCUGGUCCUGGAGGGCCGCAGCCCUGCGUGUUUUACUUGUUUCUCUGCUCCAACACACCUGAUAUGAGU